GCCAGCGUCAUCGGGAGUUCAGAGACAGCGUCCACCUCAUGCAGCCGACGAGCUUCCCCGACUGGCCAGUGCCUGGCCCCUCAACCUACCACUGGGUCGCGACCUACCAGGUGGAGAACGGAGGCUCGCCGAUGGGACACCACGUGGCCUGGAAGGCUGCCUUGGGGUCAACGGUGCCUGUGGAUGAUCCCAUCGUCUCGAUGCACCACGAGUUCUCGGAGAUCAUGCAGGUGGCCCAGUCGCACGAUCAAACCGACGGGUCAAACUUGGCAUGCAUGGAGCUCGUCGCGCGACAGUUCCAGCUUUGCGAAGAGCGGUACAAGGACAAGCUGGUGUGCUCGCGAUCCCUCGGCAGCGGCGGCGACAAGCAGUUUUUCUUCACAGGGGGCUCAUGGAGCGGCAGCUGCUCCACCCGCCUGCUGGAGGCCUCGGCGGUGGACAGGGCGGCGGCGCUGGCAAGAUGCGGGUGGUCGCGGCGGUGCACUGGCUCGGCCAACGACGGCAUCGAGGCGCUCAACUGGCUCAGCGGGGGCGGGGCACCUCCGACUCGGACGCGCCCCGCAGUUUUGCAGCGGCGGCCCCUCGACUACAUCGCUGCGCAGUAUGUCAAGCUCGGCGGCCCGCCAGCUGACGUGUCCCGCUCCAGCUCGCUCUCCGACGUCUGCUCUAGCUGCCCGCUCUACUCCGCAAGGCUGACCGUUUGUGGCUGCAAGACUGGGAGGCCCGCGUGCUUCGCCCGCCUGAGGAAGCAGCGGCCCUUCGUCGAGAUCUCGGACUCUCUCGACCCUACAUUGUUCCUGAAUUACGACACCCUGCCACCCAUGGGGAGUUCGUCAGCGAGCGCUUGGGCAGGGGCAUGUUACGCCCCUUCUCCUGCUCGCGGCCGCCGCGGGUUCCUCGGGGUCUUCGCGGCCGCGAAGAAGUCGGGCCAACAGCGGCUCAUCCCCGACGCCCGCGUCUGCAACGCUCGCUUCCAGCCACCUCCCUGCACCGAGCUGCCCAGCGGCAGCGCGUUCGUUCGCGUGGAGACGCAGGGCGGCGGCGACGCGUGGUUCAGCAGCGGUGACAUCUCCAACGCCUUUUACGCCACGCAGGUCCCCGGGGACCUCUACGACUGCCGCCUGUGCGCGCUGGGCGUGCUGGCAUUUCUGAGCUCGACG